GAGCUGACUUCCGCCCGCUGGGUUUGCUGGACACAAAGUAAACACGGCUUCCCGUCCUAAAGGGAUUUACACUGUCCUGCAGGAACAAGCUGUUUAUGAUCAGAAGGUUUUAGUAAAGUAUAAAUGACUAGUUUAUUUAUUGCGCAGUUUGUUGGAGGCACUUUUAAAGCAGAGAACCACAGGACGAAGCUGUAAAGUCUGAGUUGGUCCAUGGCAUAACCUUGGGGUAUUUAACUUCCUCCUGGGGAAGUGGCUGUCCAGUCUCUGUGCCUGAUUAGAGUGACACGUGAGAGUCGCCGUGCUGACCGGAACCAUGCCGGCCCUCGCUACAGGACCGGGCCCUGACACAGGUCUGUACGAGCUGCUGUCACUGUUACCGUCUCAGCUCCAGAUGUAUGUAAAGAGUUCAGAUGAUCGCUCUUUUCUCCACACCAUGUUCAGCUCCCGGAGCCUGCACUCGCUCGUCAAGAUCCAUGAGAAGCUGCAGCACUAUGAGGAAAGAUGUCCUGCUCCUGUACUGGACAGCGCUAGUGCUCUUGCUCAAGGAGUGUCUGAAGAGCUCCAGAUGAAGCCUUUGAGUGCAGACAUCACCGAGCUGCUGAAGCUGCUCUCCAAACCUCAUGUGAAGAGUUUGUUGUCAGUUCAUGACACAGUGGCUCAGAAGAGUUACGACCCUCAGCUUCCUCCUCUCCCAGACGACAUCGACGAUGAUGAAGAUUCAGUCAAGAUCAUCCGACUCGUCAAGAAUAAAGAGCCUCUGGGAGCCACCAUUAAAAAAAACGAAAAAACCGGAGCAGUCACCAUCGCUCGUAUCAUGAAGGGAGGAGCAGCAGACAGAAGUGGGCUGAUUCACAUUGGAGACGAGUUGAAGGAGGUCAACGGCAUCUCGGUGGAGGACAAGAAACCGGAGGAAAUCAUUAAGAUUAUGAUCCAGUCCGAGGGUGCCAUUACGUUUAAAGUGGUACCAGGUCCAGAGGCUGAGGGUCCAGCCAGUGAGCCCAAGAUGUAUGUAAAGGCGUUGUUUGAUUAUGACCCAGUCAAUGACAAGGCGAUUCCCUGUAAAGAGGCAGGUAUGGCCUUCAAGAAAGGUGACGUUCUUCGGGUCAUGUCUCAGGAGGAUCCUACGUGGUGGCAGGCCAAAAUUGAGGGCGGAGCCGACCCUCGUGCCGGACUCAUUCCCUCCAAACACUUCCAGGAGAGGAGGCUUGCUCUUCGUCAGCCUUCAUCCAACACCCAACCUCAGAAGAUCUCUCGGAAACCAUCUGCUUUGCGGCGGAGCUUCCGGCUCAGCAAAAGAGGAAAGAAGACAAACAAAUCCAUGUAUGAGUGUAAAACGAGCGAGCGGUACGACACCGCUGACGUCCCCACGUACGAGGAAGUGACUCCCUACUGCAAGGCUCCAGGAGCCAGGUACAGACUCGUCGUUCUGGUUGGUCCUACAGGUGUGGGUUUGAAUGAGCUGAAGAGGAAGCUGUUAAUAUCUGACCCACAGCAUUUCAGCGUCACCAUCCCUCACACGUCUCGAGUGAAGAGGAAUCAGGAGAGUGACGGUGUGGAGUAUCACUUCAUCUCUAAACACCUGUUUGAAACGGACAUCUACAACAACAAGUUUAUUGAAUACGGUGAGUAUAAAGGAAAUUACUACGGAACGAGUCUGGACUCAGUCCGCUCCGUUAUCGCCAAAAACAAGGUGUGCCUUCUGGAUGUGCAGCCUCAUUGUCUGAAGCACCUUCGCACGGCCGAGUUUAAACCCUACGUGGUGUUCGUCAAGCCUCCGUCCAUCCAGCGUUUAAGAGAGACCAGGAAGAACACUAAAUCUGUCUCAGGGAAAGGAGACAAGGACAUGUCCAAGGCCUUAACGGACGAAGACUUUGAGGAGAUGAUCAGCGCUGCUCGGCUGAUGGAGAAUCAGUACAGUCAUCUCUUUGACCUGGUGCUCGUGAACGAUGACCUUGCGUCUGCGUCCGGGGAGCUGAAGCGGGCGCUGAGGAAGGUGGAGACGGAGACGCACUGGGUUCCGAUCAGCUGGACGCACUCCUGAGGAACGCCAUGGGACAGAAAAUGCACGGCGUUUUUAAAAAUAAACAAGAGAAGGAAGACAAAGGAAGAAGGAGAAGAGAUUUUUUUUUUAAGCUGACCGAACUUUCCUUUAGCCUAAAUCUGGUGACGGGGACGGUUCAGGGGGGGACUUUAACGGCGCUCUGACAAUUUUAUGAGCUCCUGCGACACUAAAAGAAGGAAUUUUGGGUUUGUUUUUGUGUGUUCUCGGUCAGCUCGGCUGGACUCGGAGCGAAGUGUCAGCGAAAUUGCACUCAGAACAUCGUUAAACAUGGGAUCGUUUAGCGCAGCUGUCGAAGUGUGUGUUUACUUGACAGCCAGUCAGGCGGUUGUGCAGCAUGUGAUUUUAACUUUAAUUUAUAAACACCAAAGGGAUGAGUUUCUUUUUUUUCUUCAGGCCGACUACAUUUUUUGCCGGAUUUUGGGAAGUCUUAAAUUGUGAUUCCUUUUUUAAACCACACAAUGCCUAGGAAUGAGCUCCUCUUGUGUUCCUCUAUUUAACUAGAAAAGUAAUAUAUUUUAAUGAUGUUCUGAGGUUUGUGUACUUUUUAUAAACUAAAGUAACCUCCUGACUUUUCGGUUCUGACCCUUUUGGAUCCGACACACAUACAGGUGAUGGGUUUAUAUUUAUAAAUCUCUCUCUUAUCCCAGGUACACGUCAUCUCCACCUCAUUAAAGUGUAAAACCGUC